UGAUAACCAUACUAUUGUUUCUUGAUACACUUUAUUCAAAUUUCAUACACUGUCUCAUUCAAGUCCUUUUUCUGUUCCGGAAUCCAAUACAGGAUUUCACUUUGCGUUUAGUUGUCUCGGACUUGACUUUCUUCUUUUAAUCCAAAGUGGCUGUGUGUUCUUGGGCAAAAUUAAUGUCCAAGCCUUUCUUCUGUCUUACUAGACGUGAUAUGAUUAACAAUCAAUAAAAAUACAUGUGGAAUGUUUUCGGACACGUCAAAGACAACGAAAUUGUUCUUACUGCGCAAAGCUGGGCAUAUCUAGCGUGGCCUUUCGUUCAAAUUAAAACAAAAAUAAAGCAAACAGAAGAGUAUUACUUUUGUCGAGAAGUUUGUCCUAAAGUAGGACCCGUAGCUUCCCGCUAGGCCGGCCAGGAUGCGCUUCCUCUAAUUGGGCAGCGUGUGUCCGCGCUGACGCAGAAAGGCUGCCCCAUUGGUCCGCGCAGUCGAGACUCAGGCGGCUUUUCUCUUCGUGCUCAAGGUGCCGCACCACUUCUUUUCCUCCAGCCGAGCGCUACCCUUCUUCCCCAAGUGCCAGCCUGAAGGAUCGGACUGAACGAGGCCGGGGAACUGCACUGAGGCACGAUGACAACCCUGGAUGAUAAGUUGCUGGGGGAGAAGCUGCAGUACUAUUACAGCAGCAGUGAGGAGGAGGACAGCGACCACGAGGACAAGGACAGAGGCAGAGGUGCCCUGGCUGGCAGUUCCAUGCCCGCAGACACGGACUUGGCAGGCGAAGGCAUCUCAGUUAACACAGGUCCAAAAGGCGUGAUCAAUGACUGGCGCCGCUUCAAACAGCUGGAGACAGAGCAGCGGGAGGAGCAGUGCCGGGAGAUGGAGAGGCUGAUCAAGAAGCUGUCCCUGAGCUGCAGGUCCCAUCUGGACGAGGAGGAGGAGCAGCAGAAGCAGAAGGACCUCCAGGAGAAGAUCAGUGGGAAGAUGACUCUGAAGGACUUGGCGGUGAUGAACGAGGACCAGGAUGAUGAGGAGUUCCUGCAGCAGUACCGGAAGCAGAGGAUGGAAGAGAUGCGGCAGCAGCUCUACCAAGGGCCCCAGUUCAAGCAGGUUUUUGAGAUCCCCAGUGGAGAAGGGUUCCUGGACAUGAUUGACAAGGAGCAGAGGAGCACCCUCAUCAUGGUCCACAUUUACGAGGAUGGCAUCCCGGGGACCGAAGCCAUGAACGGUUGCAUGCUCUGCCUCGCAGCAGAGUACCCGGCCGUCAAGUUCUGCCGGGUGAGGAGCUCGGUGAUCGGGGCCAGCAGCCGCUUCACCAGGAAUGCCCUCCCUGCCCUGCUCAUCUACAAGGGGGGCGAACUGAUUGGCAACUUUGUCCGAGUCACUGACCAGCUGGGGGAAGAUUUUUUUGCUGUGGACCUUGAGGCUUUCCUCCAGGAGUUUGGAUUGCUCCCGGAAAAGGAAGUUUUGUUGCUGACCUCUGUGCGUAACUCUGCCACCUGCCACAGUGAGGACAGUGAUUUGGAAAUUGAUUGACCACCUGGGCCGGUGGCAUAGACCUCUCAUGGUUUGGGCUGGAAGACACAUGUCCGCGUGUUUAUUUUCAUUCUUUUGUGUGAUCUUCCGGCUUUCCGCCCUGUUCUUCAUAGUCUCUUUUAUGAUAUAUCAGAUCAAGAAAUUCUCCGAUCAGAUCAGCGUGCUGAAUCACCUUGUGGUUAGCCAUGAAGUGACUUAACAUUGUAUAAACAGGAAGCCAGGCUUUUGAACUGUUUACUUAAGGUCCUCUAGCGUGACAUCUCUGUUAUUGUUUCCAGUCAAUAUUUACAUAGCAUCCUAAAGACAGUGUCCUGGAAAUUGUCUUCAGAUUUUCUCAGAGGUCUCUGCCAGGUCCGGGAGUAUAAUCCUAUAGUGUGUUAUUUGCAACAUAAAUACUACAUUUCCUUCAUCAGUGAUCAUAUUAUAUUCACGUGUAAUCAGACUCAUCGCUGUAGAAGGCAGUUAAACUUUUUAAGUCUGAGACCCUGUUGUCUCUAGGGUCUUGUUUAAAGGUUCUGGACCACAUAUGUUUGCCCCAUCAACAGGGGUGACCUUUGCUGCUGGAGUCGAUGUCCUGCUCAAGUGUUGUUAAGUCUACAGUAGGAGGAAGGAUGGAGACAAACUUCCCUUUUGAUGCUGGAACACCAGCUUGACUUAAAAAUUAGAGCUCGGAUGGAGCUGGGAAGCCUUUUUAAAGAAAGAUCUUUGAAUAAGAUACCCCUGCUCACCUAUUCUCUUUUUUAUUUAACAAGGUAAAAUUUUUUUUGUUGUUUAAUGUAGCUUUUAAUUAUUUUUUAAUAUUGGGAAAGUAACCAAUAUUCAAGAAACGAAAAUUUACCAAAAUACAGAAGCCAAAAAAAAAAAAAAAAAA